CAGCGCUCAAAUUCAAAAUUGUAACAGUUUGUUUUGUCAGAGAGAAGAGGAACCGAGAAGAGGAGAGAGGAGCUCCAUUUUGUCCUGCUUUAGUUCACAAACAGUGUGUAACUCUUGUUCAAUACAACGCUUAUAAUCGUCUGGAUAAACUGUCCAAAAUGGAUCCAUUUACUGAGAAACUGUUGGAGCGGACCCGAGCCCGCAGAGAGAACCUGCAGAAGAAGAUGGCCGACAGACCGAACGCAGCGAGCAGAGCGAUGGUGAAGAGACCGCUGGCCGACACCAACAGUGUGAUCAGCGAGAAAGUUCCACAGCUUUCCUCCAAGCCUUCCCCCUCAAAGCGCCGCUGCUCGGAGGAAAAUGUAGCCGGUGAGGAGAACCAGGAGCCAGCGAUGAGCCGAUCUGUGGCCCCCGUGCUCUCAGACCCUCCCACAGAUAAGAAACCCCCAACGGGACCCAACAGUGUCCGUCACGCCUCGUCUAUGGAGAGGAACGCACCCCGACCCGUGGAGAAGAUGGUGGUUGUGUCUCCUCCUGUUACUCAAAGCGUCAGAGAGGAGAAGAUGGUGGUUGUGUCUCCUCCUGUUGCUCCCAGCUUCAGAGAGGAGGAGAUGGUUCCUGUCCGAUCGACCCCUCAAAGGAGGCAGGAUCCAGAAGAAGAUGAAGCUCCUCCCACUGCCGGCAUGAGGUCUCGUCUGCAGAGGCUCGCGGCGCAGAGGAAGUACUGGGAUGGAGACGACUCCUCUGAAGCGGCUCCAGACUGCGCCCCCCCGUCUCCUCCGAAGAGACACCCUGAGGCCCCAGCAGCUGCAACCCCGUCCUCAGGGCCUCCUGCUGGGAGGAGAGGGCGUCUCGCUAACCUCGCCGCCACCAUCGGAUCCUGGGAGGACGACCUGAGCCACGCUGCAUUCCCCACGGAGAAACAGAGCUCUGCCGUCCCCAUGUCAGCAGGCAGAGGAGCUAACGUGGCUAACGGAGCUAAGCCAAGUCCUGCAGGCAGCAAGUCUACACCCAGCGCUCAGGCUCAGUACGGCCCACCUAAGCCGAGUCGAAUUGACCUCCCAACUCCCCAGAAGGUGGAGGUUCCUGCAGCCAGAGCAGCUCUCCAGUCUGUGAGCAGCCCCCAGAAGAGCUCCAUCCAGGGGGCAUCCUUCCCCUCCAGCCCCCAGAAGAGCUCCAUCCAGGGGGCAUCCUUCCCCUCCAGCCCCCAGAAGAGCUCUAUCCAGGGUCCAUGCAGCCCCCAGAAGGCCGGAACCUCAUCCCUAACAUCCGUGACUCAAAGCCCCCUGAAGACCCAGGCCCUCUCCAGGAACCUGAACCCCGCCCCGAGCCCCCAGAAACCAGAACUCAGAACCAAGCCCACCAUCACUGGAUCCUCUGGACCCAAGGACACCACAGGAGGACCUGGUGUGAAAUCUUUCCUGGAACGUUUUGGAGAGAAGUGCCAGGAGCGCAGUAACCUUUCCUCUCCAGCAGGGGGCUCCAGGACCCCCAGGACUCCUGCUGUGACGCCUUCCUCCCUCACCCCGAACACCCGUUUGGUUCAGGAGAGACUGAGAGCCGCCGCUCACACAACUACUGCUGACCUCACCCAGAAACAGAAGCUGGAGCGAGAGUCAGAGCUGGCUCAGAUUCGGAGUCGCUUCCAGAAGGGGAGCAACAUGUGGAAAGAUCAGGCAACAGGAACCAACAAGAACACAGACAUCAAGGAGCAGCCUGAGACGCCUGUGGAGGCUGAAGUGUCUCAGAGUGAAGAGCAGGAGGAAGCUUCGGCUCAGAGGACGGACACGCCUACUAAGAGCUUCCCUCCAGGCCAUGGGAUGAUCUCGCCUCCAGCCUCAACAUCCAGUCCUCUGAGGGUCCUCCAUCCUGCAGAGAAAACCACAGAAGAGGAAGAGGAGGAGGAAGAGGAGGAAGAGCAGGAAGUGGUUAAGGAGCGGGAGAUGAACGUGGACAGCUCCAUCAACUCUGCCGUUAUCAACCAGCUGUUUGAGGGAGUCCUGGACCAGAGCGAUGAUGAUGAUGAUGAUGAUGAUGAGGAAGAUGCUCUGAAUAUCUCCUCCAUGUCUCUGAUCAUUCCUCUGGAGAGUGUGGCUGCUGUGGUGAAGAGUCCAGAGAGCAGGAUGAUGACGUCUACUCCAGCCACCUCCUUCCUGGUGAAGAGCGGCACUCCUGAAGAGGUGUCCAGACGGAGUAAGUUCCAGAGAUCCAACAUGGUGCGAGGCGCCUCCUCAGGGGAGACGCUAGAGGAGGAGAGAGGACUUCCAUACAGCAUCGACGCCUACAGGUCGAUCCGAGUGAAGGAGACGGAGAGGCCGGCAGUGAAGCAGGUGAUCGUGAGGAAAGAGGACGUGACUCAGAGAGCAGAGGAGCCCCGAGGAGCCGCUCUGUUCAACGUCAAGCAGAAGAUGAAGGUCCUGAGCACGGGGCUGAACCUGCAGCAGACGGUCAUCCAUCAGGCCAGCCAGGCUCUGAACUGCUGCACCGACGAGGAGCACGGCAGGGGGUCGCAGGUGGAGGCCGAGGCCGAGAGGCUGCUGCUGGUGGCCACGGAGAGGAGGGAGGCUCUGAAGGCAGAGCUGGAGCGUCUGACCAGAGACCCGACAGGACAGAAGAAGCCCCUCUCAGCCCCGGGACCCUCUGGACCCUCGGCCUCUAAAGGCUCCGUCACCCUGCAGGAGCUCCGUCUGCCUCUCAAGGCCGACUUCGUCUGCUCCAUCGCCAACAAGCCAGAGGCGACCAAGCACUCGUUCUUCCUGAUGCUUCGAGCUGGAGUGGAGCACACGGUAGCGACUCCGUUAGCGAGCACACAUCGAGGCCUGAGCGGAGACACGCUGACCUUCCCCACCAGCUUCACCAUAUCUGACGUCUCCAGUGACUUUGAGAUUGAUAUCGAGGUCUACAGCUUGGUGCAGAGGCGUGACGUCUGCAACGACAAGAAGAAGAAAGCCAGCAAGUCAAAGGCCAUGACUCCAAAGAGGUUCCUGGCCAUCACUAAAAGUGUCCAGACACCAGUGAUAGCGAGUCCUGGAGGACCGAACUCUGUGCGCACCAGCAACUUCCUCCUGGUCGGAUCCCACAAACUCACCCUGGCCUCCAUCGGGCAAAACAAGUUCCACCUGGACAAGAUCAAAUAUGAUCGAAGGGACAGAGAGCUGCUCAGUGACUUGUUUCACACCAAGGUGCCGUUCCUGUGUCCUCUGGAGGGAAACGUCUACCUGAAGAUGCAGUGUGAGGUGGGCUCGAAGGUGGAGGAGAGGGGCUUCCUGACGCUGUUUGAGGACGUCAGUGGGUUCGGCUCGUGGCACCGGAGGUGGUGUGUUCUGUCCGGGUACUGCAUCUCCUACUGGACCUACCCCGACGACGAGAAGCGCAAGAACCCCAUUGGGCGUCUGAACCUGUGUCACUGCACCAGUCAGCGCGUGGAUCCGGUGAACAGAGAGUUCUGCGCCCGACCCAACACGUUGGAGCUGAUCACUGUUCGGCCUCAGAGAGCAGAGGACCGGGAGACCCUCGUCUCUCAGUGCACCGACACGCUGUGUGUCACCAAGAACUGGCUGAGUGCGGACACGAAGGACGAGAGGAGCCUUUGGAUGAGCAAACUGAACCAGAUUCUGGUGGAUCUGAGGGUGUGGCAGCCGGACGCCUGCUACCGGCCGCAGUGAAGCCCAAAAAACACCUGUUGGACUCUAAAUAUCCCGUUCAUUAUACGUGCAAUACACUAUACAUACUUCCACUUAUCUUCCAGGAGAUAAGUCAUUGAACACCUGAGGUCAGAGGGAACGUAAAGCCAUUCAAACACAUUUCAGUAUUCAGUGCAGCACUAUUCUUUAAGCAUUUCCACAUGAUGUUUUUAUAUUAAUGCCAAUAUUUAGUGUUGUUGCACGGCUUUAAAUGAUUUGGUUUCACGGCUGGAAUCAAUUAUAUAAAUGGUGUUUGAAUUACAGAUGAAUGUUGAGGUUUUUAUAUCACGUUGUAUCCUGCAUGACGGCACAGAACAGUACUGGUACUCCCGUGAGUUUGACUAUAUAUAUAUAUUAGCUUUUAUGACUCGUGGCAGGACGUUCACAUGUCUCUCUUUAUUCUCACGCACAGAUGUUUUGAUAGCAGUUAUAGCUGAUUUUUUUUUAUUCUACGUGUGCAUGUGUUCAGUGUGGGAUAACUGCGGGUAGUCUGUUACAUAUUCAACACCUCAUUUUAUUUAAAUGCAUCACUAACAUGUCGAUACAGUUCCCAUUUCAGAUGGAAACAAGCUGUUUGAUCAUAUCAUCUUAUUUUUAAUUAAAGAGGAGAUAUGUUGGACUUUUCAGGUUCAUAUCAUGUCUCCACAGUCUGCUCUGAUUGGUCAGCUGCCUCUGUUGUGAUUGGUCAACAGCUUAGAGAUGUCCCGCCCCUUAGCCCAACACGUAACAUGUUUGUUUUUUUAAUAGUUUACUUGUAUUUGCUGCAAACAGAGAUUUUAAAGUGGUAUUUCAGGCUCAGGUAUCCUGUAAAUGUUGUCCGAUGUAUUUAUUGUUAGAGGUUAGAGAUUAUUUUACUUAAUUGCUCGUUAAUAUCUGGAGUUCUGCAGCAGCUGAUGAUUUUAGACUUUACCGUACACCUGUGUUUUUUAUGUAACAGACUUCAUUGACCCUGCAGGUGUUGGUAAAUGUAUUUUAAUAUUGUAAAAGAAGCUUUUCUCAGCGGUUGAUAAUGGACUACAAACAGAUGCAUUGUGGGGGCAUGAGUUUUCAUCAUGGGAGAGCACUUCUUCACUUUGUUGGGUAUUUGUGUUUAUAUCAGACUUCAAUAAAUAACCUGAUUUAUUUCACCAAAAUAGAUCAGGUUAACUUCC